AUGUUUAUUCAAGUUAUUUGUUACAUUUGUUGCUUGGUUGUGAAAUAUUGUAUUGAGUCUAACUUUGACAUCCUGAAAGGGGACAUGGACAAGAGAAACCAAACAUUUGUGAGAGAAUUCAUUCUUCUGGGACUCUCUGGUUACCCCAAACUUGAGAUCAUUUUCUUUGCUCUGAUUCUAGUUAUGUAUGUAGUAAUUCUCAUUGGCAACGGUGUUCUCAUCAUAGCAAGCAUCUUUGAUUCUCGUCUUCACACACCCAUGUACUUCUUUCUGGGAAACCUCUCUUUCCUGGAUAUCUGCUAUACAUCCUCCUCCAUUCCCUCAACAUUGGUGAGCUUAAUCUCAAAGAAAAGAAACAUUUCCUUUUCUGGAUGUGCAGUGCAGAUGUUCUUUGGGUUUGCAAUGGGGUCAACAGAAUGUUUGCUUCUUGGCAUGAUGGCAUUUGAUCGUUAUGUGGCCAUCUGUAACCCGCUGAGAUACCCAAUCGUCAUGAGCAAAGUGGCAUAUGUACUGAUGGCUUCUAUAUCAUGGCUCUCUGGUGGAAUCAAUUCAAUCGUGCAAACAUCACUUGCCAUGCAAUUGCCUUUCUGUGGGAACAAUAUUAUUAAUCAUUUCUUAUGUGAGAUCUUAGCUGUCCUCAAGCUAGCUUGUGCUGAUAUAUCCCUCAAUAUUGUUACCCUAGCAGUGUCAAAUAUUGCUUUCCUAGUUCUUCCUCUGUUGGUCAUUAUUUUCUCCUAUAUGUUUAUCCUCUAUACCAUCUUGGGAAUGAAGUCAGCCACAGGAAGACACAAGGCAUUUUCUACCUGUUCAGCUCACCUGACUGUGGUGAUCAUAUUUUACGGUACCAUCUUCUUUAUGUAUGCAAAUCCUAAGUCCCAAGACCUCCUUGGGAAAGACAACUUGCAAGCUACAGAGGGGCUUGUUUCCAUGUUUUAUGGUGUUGUGACCCCCAUGUUAAAUCCCAUAAUCUAUAGCUUGAGAAAUAAAGAUGUAAAAGCUGCUAUGAAAUAUUUGCUGAGUAGGAAAGCCAUUAACCAGUAA